AUGUCUUUCGGAGGCCAAACACCGACCAUCAUUGUCCUGAAAGAGGGCACGGAUACCUCGCAGGGCAAGCCCCAGAUCAUCUCCAACAUCAACGCCUGCCUUGCCGUCCAGGCCACCAUCAAGUCGACACUCGGACCCUAUGGCGGUGACCUAUUAAUGGUGGAUGCCAACGGCAAGCAGACAAUCACAAACGAUGGCGCCACCGUCAUGAAGCUCCUCGACAUUGUCCACCCUGCUGCGCGAAUCCUCGUCGACAUUGCCCGGUCACAAGAUGCCGAAGUUGGUGACGGCACCACCUCGGUCGUCGUGCUUGCUGGCGAGAUCCUCAAGGAGGUCAAGGAACAUGUCGAACAGGGUGUCAGCUCACAGAUCAUCAUCAAGGGCCUCAGGAGGGCCUCCACCAUGGCCGUCAACAAGAUCAAGGAGAUUGCCAUCAACACCACCGAGUCCAAUCGCCGCGAGACCCUGAGCAAGCUGGCCGCCACCGCCAUGACCAGCAAGCUCAUCAAGAGAAACACCGACUUCUUCACAGAGAUGGUUGUCGAUGCCGUCCUCUCCCUCGACCAAGAAGACCUCAACGAAAAGUUAAUAGGCAUCAAGAAGAUCCCCGGCGGCUCCCUGACCGACUCGCUCUUCGUCAACGGUGUCGCCUUCAAAAAGACCUUCUCGUACGCCGGUUUCGAGCAACAGCCCAAGUCGUUCAAGAAUCCCAAGAUCUGCUGCCUCAACGUCGAGCUUGAGCUCAAGGCCGAGAAGGACAACGCCGAGGUGCGCGUCGAGCAGGUUUCCGAGUACCAGGCCAUUGUCGACGCCGAGUGGCAAAUUAUCUACAAGAAGCUCGAGGCCGUGUACGCGACAGGCGCCAAGGUGGUGUUGUCCAAGCUGCCCAUCGGCGAUUUGGCCACCCAGUACUUUGCCGACCGCGACAUCUUCUGCGCCGGCCGUGUCACCUCGGAGGAUAUGGAGCGCGUCGUCCAGGCCACCGGCGCCACCGUCCAGAGCACCUGCUCCGACAUCCUGCCCGAGCACCUGGGCACCUGCGGCACCUUUGAGGAGCGCCAGAUCGGCGGCGAGCGCUUCAACUUCUUCGAGGACUGCCCGUCGGCCAAGACGUGCACGCUCGUCCUGCGCGGCGGCGCCGAGCAGUUCAUCGCCGAGGUUGAGCGCUCCCUGCACGACGCCAUCAUGAUCGUCAAGCGCGCCAUUCGCAACAAGACCAUUGUCGGUGGUGGCGGUGCCGUCGAGAUGGAGGUUUCCGCCUACCUGCACCGCUUCGCCGAUCGCGACGUUGCCCACAAGCAGCAGGCCAUCAUCAAGUCCUUCGCCAAGGCCCUGGAGAUCAUUCCCCGUCAGCUCUGCGACAACGCCGGCUUUGACGCCACCGACAUUCUCAACAAGCUCCGCGUCGAGCACCGCAAGGGCAACACGUGGGCUGGUGUCGACUUUACGAACGAGGGCGUCUGCGACAUGAUGGAGCGUUUCGUCUGGGAGCCUGCGCUCAUCAAGAUCAACGCCCUCCAGGCGGCCACGGAGGCCGCUUGCCUGAUUCUCGGUGUGGAUGAGACUAUCAGGAACGAGGAGAGCCAGGCGCCACAGGCUCCUGGCCAGAAACUGCCGCCCGGUGCGGCCCAGAGGGCUUUGCGGGGAAGAGGCCGUGGCAUGCCUAGGCGGUAGAUGGGGGCGGACAAAAGAGAAGUCAUGUCAAGUUAAAGAUGAUAACAAAACGUAAUUUAGAUGGCAUAGUGUGGGAAUAUACCUGUACGAAGAUUCUGUCAAGCUGUUUUUGGGCAUUUGUCGGCGGUUGGCUGAUUCAGGUGACAUGAUGGGCCCGCUGCCCGGUGCUGACCAUGGGCUAUUCUAGUGCAUUUCU